AUGCACUGUUUAAUCAUCAUUCUCGCAAUACGCCAUGCCUCGCAAUCGGCUCACGGCCUGGAAGGUGGUGGAAAGGUGCAGGAGGAGGUUUCACCCUUGGAGGUGCACUUCUCUCAGCAUGUGAUCUACCCUUUAUUCUCAGAUGGUACAUCCGUGGACGAAACCGUCAGGGAAGUGAAGGCCAUCGAAUGUGACGAGGAUGAGGACAGCUGCUGGCUACGAGCGCCCUUCCCAACCAUCCAGGCGGUGCGUUGGUGCCCCAAACUUCGGGAUGGCGAAGGGAAACCAGUUUUAGAUGAAAAUGGCGAAGAACGGCGAGGCGUUGAGGGUCUGUUCACUUUGGACAACCGACGCCUCUAUGUUCUUCAACGAGCAGCUGUCUACCACUAUCCCAGGAAGUGCAAGAUUUCUGUCGAAGUCAUCACAGAACGUUGGGAGGUUCUUCAUCAUUUGAAGAAGUUUCGUACUCGUCGGACACUAAAGAAACUGGUCAUUCGUCGCAGCCUCGUCGAAAGUCUAGAGCAACUCCUCUCAGGAAUGGAACGGGCCGGGACAACACGAAGCACUUCGACGUUUUGCGCGUUUGGGAUUGGAGGUCAGCGGUUUCAAGGCUUGAGGAUGGUGGGCCGGCUGAACAGGAGCAGGCUGCCGAGGCUGCUGAUGCUGGGAAUUGCGGCUGCUGGGAGUACUUGGACCCGCAACAGAUCUGUCGCGGGCCCUACAGCAACUGGCAGAUGCAACAGUGGUGGGAUCACAAGAUGCUUCCGCGUGAACUGCAGAUUCGACCCUUUCAGCCAAAGACAGGUGCUGGAGAGGGAGACAGCUGGGAAGACUUCAGGCCAGUGA